GGUCAGCUGAACAGAGAGGAAGUAAACACAGAGAGAAAAAAUAAAAACCAAUAAGCGAUAAUUAGAAGAUCGGAUUUGCUCUCAUGGCGUCUCUAAUCUGUACGUUACGAGACCAUCAGGACGAUGUGAACUGGUGUGCCUUCUCCUCCAAACUGCUGGCCACCUGCUCCGGGGACAAAACCAUCAGGAUCUAUAAGAGUCACGACUUCUCGGAGCUGCCCUUCUCCCCCCUGACAGGACACGGCUACAGCGUCCACUGCUGUUGCUUCAGCCCCUGCGGACAGUUCCUCACCUCCUGCUCCACGGAUGCCACCGUGGUGGUGUGGUCCAUGGUGAGCGGUGACAUCGAGGCCGUCCUGGAACAUCCUGGUCGCAGUCCUGUUAGGAUCUGUGCUCUGUCCCCUAACUCUGUCCACCUGGUUUCUGGUGCAUCUGAUGGCACUUUGGCUCUCUGGGACUUCCCCUCUAAAAGACUGUCCAGGACUGGGGGAGUGAGUGACACAACUAUGGUAGCUUGUUCCUUCAGCCCUUGCAGUCAGAUGUUCAUGACGGGCUCCACUUAUGGAGAUCUGCGUCUUUGGGAUCUGGAUUUAAACCACCUCCUCGCGGAGAAGAAUGCCCACGAUCUGGGGGUCUCCUGCUGCAGCUUUGCUCCCAGCAUCCUCAGUGGCAGCCAAGUUGUGCAGUUUCGUGUGGCAUCCUGCGGGCAGGACUGUCAACUGAAGAUCUGGUGCAUUAACAAAUUUUCCUCUGGAGGCUUUAAGAUGGUCCUCCUACAUUCACUGAGUGGCCAGACGGCUCCAGUCCUCUGCUGUGCGUUCUCAUCUGAUGGGAAACUACUUAUGUCUGGCUCAGUGGACAAGAGUGUUAAGGUUUAUGAUGCAAAUACUGUUGCUUUGCUUUACACACUGAACCAUCAUGAGAGGUAUGUGACAGCAUGCGCCUUUUCUCCAACCUCACCACUCAUCGCCACCGGGUCCAUGGAUAAGACCGUAAACAUCUGGAGGCUGGAGGAUGGGUGCAGCGGACAAUGUGGAAAGUCUUUGCCUGAAGAGUCUGCAGAGACACCCUUUGAAGGGACAGCCACGGUAGGCCGAUCCAAGCUGCUGGUCGCCGAUUGGUCAGAGGCGGAUGUGUCAGAGUGGCUGUUUGAGGAAGGGCUUGAGGGAUUGGUGGAGAAAUUCAAGGCCAAUAACAUAGAUGGGACAGAGCUGCUGAGCCUCACCAAGGAGACGCUGGCGUCAGAACUGGGCAUAGAGUCAGUCGGCCUGCGAAGUAAACUUCUGAGGAAGGUGGAGGAGCUGAAGAGUGACUCUGUGUGCUCAGGGAUUCCAGAUGAGUUUCUGUGCCCGAUCACCAGAGAGCUUAUGAGGGAUCCAGUCAUAGCUGCUGAUGGAUACUCGUACGAAAGAGAGGCCAUAGAGAGCUGGAUCAACACCAAGAAUCGUUCCAGCCCAAUGACCAACCUUCCUCUGCUGACCACACUCCUCACACCCAACCACACUCUCAAGAUGGCCAUCAGCCGCUGGAAGACCAGCCAGUAGCAUCGCCUGACUUGCUGCAUGUUUUCUUCUAAAGCCAACAGGAAUGAGAUGCAUCUGGUUCAGCUUUAUUCUCAUUAUGCAUUUUUUUCCUGAAGGAGGAAAGCUGGACUAGACGAGAAAAAAAAACAUUAAUUAUAGAUCUUCUCGGCUUUAACCUCCUUUAUCAGACAGCAGGCCUGAAUAUGGUCUAAGAUCUGUGUGUGUUUGGUUUAAUGACAGAGGUGAUUAGGAUCUCCAUGUUUUAAAAAGGCAAAGAAAACUUAUUACAUUAUUUUUAUUUUAGCUCAACAAACAACUAUUUGAUUUUUUUUUCUGUAUUCACAAGAAAAUCAACACAAAAUAGAGGAGACUGAUAUAAGAUAUUAGAUGAUGAAAUAUGAGAAUAUGUUCCUGAAAGCUGGAGCAUCAUGUUAUCUGAAUAGCAAAUUCUGACCUUUGCCUUUUUUAUUAUCUUAUACAGAUUCAUUGGAUUUAAAUUAGAUAAAAAAUAGAAAGAUCCCAGUUUAACUAUGGUUGUUUACCUUUCAAAAGCAAGAAACUUUUAUUUUUAUCAAACUCACUCCUAGAGCAAGAGAUAAGAUGGCAAAAAUUGCACAGACUGAAUGAAACCUUUCUGAACUUUCCUUAUUUUUAGUGUAAAUUCCUUGCAAAUGGUUUUCAUUAUAGUGAGACUACGAUAAAAUCAUAAAAUGCUGAGAUAUAUUUUUCCACCCUCUUCCUCUGCAUUAUAAUCAAGUCUCAAUAUUAAUCCUCCUGAGCGAUUAAAGGGGUAGGAGAGGCUUUUUUUGGACCAAUGUGUAUCAAUUUAAUCUCAAUACAAGAAAUUAGGAAAUAUAUUUGGAAGAAUUUAGCUGACAUUUUAUCUUUUGUGUGGUUUUAGUUUACAUUCUUUAAUAAUCUUCAGGUAUAGAUAUUGAUUAAUACUACUGCUGGCCCAGAUCAGUUGGAGCUUUACUUCUCAGGAACAUCUGUCAGCAUCCAACAAGUGGUAAUAAAUUAAAUGGUUUCAUAAAACUGUCAAAUGUUUAUAUCUGGUGAU